AUGGGCUUAGUGGCUCGGAAAGUGUCCCUGACGCUGAAAAAAACGAAAGGGGGACAAAUUCAUUGUCGUUUACUGGUCGAAUCGCUUGGUUGCUCUCCUUGUAGACGUCUCCGGUCUGGCUACGCGCAGUUCUUUCUCCUUCUUUCCCCUUCAAGCGUCAGAAUCCAGGCGACCCCUCAUGGAAGCGAUGUAGACCUCUAUGUCGCGGCAAAUAAUGACAUUCUAUACUUCGAAGACCGCAUUCCUCAACUCACUAAGCUGAUGGCUUCUGUUUCUAAUCUGAACGUGUGUUCCAGUUCAAUUGGUUUCACACAAUCCGUUGCACAAUUUGUAGUCUCAACCAACACCAAUGGUGAAGCUGGAUCCACCGUUGUCCUGGGAGACAAUCUCUCCGCCGGAGGACGUAAACUCCUCCACGGUCUACUGGUCGACCCAACCUCCUUUCAGCCUCUCAUCAAUUGGACUCGGCGUCGAAAGCAUCCACAUUCCCGCUCCCUCUGCCGACGACUUCCACAGACCCGUCCUCGUACUGGUUUUCGCGCCAUCGGGCGGUUUCGUAGCAUCCGAUGA